AAAAGCCCAGCAAUAUCUCUCCCUCCAUCUCUUUCCUCCUUUCUCUCUCUCUCUCUCUCUCUCUCUCUAUAUCUGUCGCUGCGCUCUACACUAGAAGAGAGCUCCAGCGGCGAAAGGCAGGAGAAAAGGGGCGACGCUGCAGAACUCUCUCGCCGCCGCCGCUGCUCCGUCCCUUUUCCCCCCCUCCUUUGAAAUUGAAAGGGAAGAAAAACCAGCAAGGAAGUAUGGAGGAGGAAUUGCAGAAGCGAAACACCGAUUGCGUGUACUUCCUCGCUUCUCCCCUCACUUGCAAGAAGGGAGCUGAAUGUGAGUACCGGCACAGUGAGAUGGCAAGGCUCAACCCUAGGGAUUGUUGGUACUGGUUGUCUGGGACCUGUCUUAAUCCAACCUGCGCCUUCAGACAUCCUCCUCUAGAAAAGCCAGCUGAAGCUUCUUCAGAAUCCGGUCCAGCUUCAGGUCAGCCUCCUCAACCGUCAAACAAGACCUCUGUACCUUGUUACUUCCACUUCCAAGGCUACUGCGGCAAAGGCGAGAAAUGCACAUUUUCCCAUGCUCCUGAUGUCAGCACUGUCCCCACUGCAAAGACUCUGAAGCAACCACAUCCCACCAACAACUUGGCUGUUCAUCCUGCCGACAGCAAUAACAAGACUCUGUCGGGAACUAAAACGGUAUCUGUCCCGACCUCCAAGAUGAAGACAAGUCUUCCUCAAACAACAUCUCAGAAACCAUCUGUCCCUAAAGAUGUGGUACAAAAGAGUUUCUCUCUUCAAAUUGAGACACCCCAAGUUGAUCCAGCUGUUGUUCUUGAGUCUUUUGAUACCGUCUUGCCAUCAGAAAGUUACAACGAGGCUGGGUCAUACAUGGAUGCUGCUGAUCAGAACUCAGAAGAUCAUAUUGACGGCCGCGUAGAACCAGAGGAACGGUGGGAAUCAUCUCCCGGUUUCGAUGUUCUGGUAGAUAAUGAUGAAGAGGAAGAUCAAAAUCUAUGCUACAAGGAUGAGCAAGAGUACAUGGUGUCCCUCAGCAGGGAAGAACAGAGAGAGCUCGAUAGGAAUCAUCCAUUUAUGGAGUAUGAGUUUGAAGAACGGCAAGUCGGGUAUGAGAGGCGAUUGGGAUUCCGUGAGAGUCAAGACGUGGAUCUCCGGGACCACCUGAGGAAACGCCAGGCCAUAGACAAUGGCGAGCCACCGUUGGAGAGAUUGAUGAGAAGGCGGCACCAUGAAGAAUCACUUCCGCGGAGGCACAGGAGCCAUGAAAGACCGUACGAGCACGGACUGAGUGAAAGGCUACGUGGGAGAUUGGCAUCUGAGGUCGGAAGAAGGAACGACAGUGAUUAUGGAUUACAUUCAAGGCACUCUCCAUAUGAUAGGCCACCGAGGCUACAUCACAGGGAAAGAAGGGGAGCACCGAGAAGGCAGCUGCCACCUUUUGUACAGUCCGAGAGGGCUUCUGUACCGUCAGAGGCCAGGAGGAAGCCAGUUCGAAGGGAGAGGUCAGUUGAGGUAUCUGGCGAAUUUUCUGGGCCAAAGAGCCUUGCUCAGAUAAGAGAAGAGAAGAAAAGGGUUGUUGAGAGAAACGGGUAUCACAACGAGGACAGAGAUGACGAUGAUAUGGGUGUAAUGGAGUCUGCAAAUUUCGAUGGACCGAAGCCUCUGAAUGAGAUUCUGAAGGAAAAGAAGAAGCUGAUUUCUGUUGUAGAGUACGCCAACGGUAGCAGCAACUGAGGUGAAGGAAAGUUUGUGGGGUGUUCGAUAAUUUUUGUAGGGUAAUGAUGAUGAAGAAUGAGAAUUUGAGUUGUAGUGUAUUUUGUCUUCUGGGAGAGGGUCUCUUUUUUUGUUUUUUUUGUUUUGUAACACAGUUCCUCAACCUUGACUACUGAUUUCUGUGUGUCGAGCUUCAGCUGCUGCUGCUGCUGCUGCUGCCAUGGCUUAGUAGUGAAAACCAUGCAGGGGUUUUGCCAUUGGUGGCCUUUGUAUUGAGAAUUAUGUUAGGCUCUUUGCCCUCAUGGUUUCUUUGUUUUCUCUUUUGUAGGAUACUGAUUUUAGUGUUCUCCAUGUGAAGUGUUGGAACAAGGAUUGACACAACCCACUGAUAAGGUUGCACAUUUUUGGGCCAUCAUUUGGAUCUGCAGCAAAGAUUUCAGAUAUGGUCGACAUUAAAUAGGGACAAAGGUGGGAUUGUUUUUAUGGGAACUGGUUGGGCAAUAUAGCAGCUUUACCAG